UGCCCGGCCUACGGCUAAUCCUUCCCGCCGGCUUCCGGUUCGCGCGAAUUCGCAGCGCAGACUUCCGGUUAAGAAUCCUUGACCUUAACCCUUCGCGUCGGGGGCGAAAAACCCGUCUUCCGAGAGUUUUCAGUUUAAGUGCACGCGGGAUGAUCGGGAAAGCUGCCGCGCGCGGGCAGAUCUGCAUAAACGGAGGAUGAACGAUCCGCGCCGAUCUCCAAAGAGUUUCAGUGAUUCGACCGGUCGCGAGCGACGGUUACCGCGAGUCGAGUGAGUUCGGACGAGUUCCGAGUCCGCCAGAGGCUGUGGCGAAGAGGUUCGACCGACUAUGGUGAGAGAUCGUAGUGAGAGCAUCGACUGUACCCGGUAUACACGUACGGUGAAGGUAACAGAGAUUAUUCAAACAGAGAUUUAGAGUGAUUCCUCUGAAAUCGAGCAACAGUGGUGUCACAGUUAAGUACGUCUGCCAGUGCCCAGGUGCGUCUUUUCUUUCAUUCGUUGGAAACAAGUGAAGUUCCUACGAGAUUUUCCUUACAUCUUUUUUACAAGUGUCAAUUCGUAAAGAAGGAAAAACUUGCGUUGUGUCCUGUCGUGAUUUAUUUGAGCGUCGCUGAUCGAGUCGAGAUCUUCGCUUCGUGAAAGAAGAGAAGAGGGAUCAUCGGAUGACGACGGAAGUUACUUCGAAACGGAACAGCUUAACGUGAUGCGUGACGAAUUGACGAGAUCGAUCAAACGCCAACUACUUUCAAGGGAAAUAAAUGAAAUGUCGUUAGGAUGAAUCGAUAUAAUCGUACGAAAUCUUCGUUUCUGCGCGAGGAAUCGUGAUUCGACGGAGUCGCUGGUAUCCGACGGCCGUCGCUGUUGAGGUUGCGAGCGAAGGCUCAGCCGAGAGUAUAACAUAAAGCGGGAAUGUUUUUAAAUAAAUCGAUCGAAAACGUUUUUUGAAUACUAGCUCGAAGAUCGUUUGCGAUGCUGGUGAAACCGUUCUUUCGCACACUGUUAAACGGUGCACGUUGACCCGUCGUCGAGACACCCGAGGGAAGAAUCGUUUGAGACACCGGUUUCGAGAUAAGUUGCAAGCCUGUUGAACUCGAUAUCCGAACACUGUGGCCGUUGGAAUCGGAGAACUAUGCCAUCCGUGUUCCUGCAAACGAUGGACCGCGCGAACAACGGCGACGGCACUGGCAACGGCCUGGAACUCGCCACGGGCGCCAGCGACCUUUGCCUGCAAGAUCUGAUGCCCGGGAACAACGGGACCAGUGGACUGAUCCACCACAACGCCAUGGGUAUCCACGGCGAGCAUCAUUUGCACAGCGGGAUCCAUCAUUUGCAUCCUUCGAGCGGCCACCUCGGUUUGAACAGCGGCAGUAGCGGAGGGCACCACGCGACCGGAGGUCAUCACGAGACCGGAGUCGGGGUCGGAGUAACCGGCAGUAUGCAAUUGCACGAGCCGUUGGAGAAGCUUAAACUAUGGGCGGAGGGCGACUUCCGCGAGGACGUCACCGGCGGUUUGGCCCGCCUCGACCUGACCGGCCAGCCCGUGACCCCGAGCACCCCUACGACCACCCCCGUCGGCACCCCUUCCGGUGGUGGCGGCGGCGCCGGGUUCCCGGUGGCCAGACCCCGGACCAACACCGCUCCCAGAUCCAAUUUAAGAAAAGACGUGGGCUCCCCCGAUGUUAAACACGAGAUGAACGUGGUGACUUCCGACGGUUCUCUGUCGGCGGUAAACGCUGCCAACGAGGACAAAGACGGGGAGAAGAAGAAAAGGCCACGAAGGCAGAGGACUCAUUUCACGACGCACCAGCUACACUAUUUAGAAGCCUCCUUUACCAAGAACAGGUAUCCGGACAUGACCCUCAGAGAAGAGAUCGGCGUCUGUAUCAAACUACCUGAACCCAGAGUGAGGGUGUGGUUCAAGAACCGUCGCGCGAAGUGGCGGAAGCAGACGAGGAACGCGAACGCAGCCGCGGACUCCGUCGACUUCAAGCCAAAUUUCGGCGCAGGCUUGAACACGUUCAUAGGCCAAUCGUUCGCGGAUACGGAAUCGUUGUACACGAGCUAUGGUUACAACAGUUGGGCCAGCAAAGUCCCGUCGCCGUUGACGACCAAGAACUUUCCCUGGGUGAACUCUCUGCCCCUGACCCACAGCCAGAUGAGCCCGGUGAACUGUUUCAACCCUACCACGUCGACGAACCACAUGGGCCAUCAAGGAGCGAUAAUCCCGAUGAGCGGGACCACGGGCCAGAUAAAUUCGUCCGGCAGCGGCGGUGCGUGCCCUUACGGCGGACCUCCGGGGCCUCACGCGCCUUACGGGCCGCCCGUCUAUCCGCACCAUCACUACAGGACGGAGAACUGCACGAUGAUGGCCUCGAACAACUACAGAGACAGCAUAGCCUCGUUGAGGUUAAAGGCAAGUUUGAACACGAGCCCGUUUGGGACUCCGGUCUCAGGACCGGCGAGUCCCGUUGGCUCCAGGGCGCCGUCGGUCGGAUCGUUGAGCGCUUGCCAGUACGCGAUAGAGGCUAGUCAGAAUUCGCCAAACAGCGUAGAAGCGAGAGCGCAGGUCUGAGUGAUCGCGUAUUAACUCGCGUUACCCUCCCGAAAAGUCUAAUACUCAAUAAAAUAAAUGAUAGAGAGAGAAAGAGAGAGAUAAAGAGAAGCAUAAGAUUACUUCUUGUACGGUUACCACGUCCCCGAACUGUUUCUUUGAGACGCGUAUUAGAACGUGUUCGAUGCCAACAUUGAAUGCGUGUAUUCACCCUAAAUACUCGAUGCAGGUGUUCAAUAUUAAUAUUGUAUGCAUGGUUACUUUCAUUUACCAUUAUCACUGGGUACGUUCAAUAUUAAUACUGAUCGUGGACCUUAUUCUUAUUCGUUUGCAAUAUCCGCGCAUCUGCAUUUACGGGGUCUGUAUAAUUAUAUGAUAUCGUAUGGGAUUAUCGUGUAUCACGUUCAUAUAAUACGUCUCGUAUAGUGUAUAUUUCAAAUUACAUGUACAUACUGUUGUACAUAACGACGCAUUGUAUAUAUGUAGUACUCGUAUGUACAUGCAUACUCGUAGCGACGUACAUCGAUUUCUCGAUAUAACUUCAAAUUUAAACGAAACAAUUACUCAUUACGUUCGGUAGUAGGGCAGUUAUUUUUUAGAAAACUGUAUGAGCAACAGCGCACUCUACAAUUAGAGACUACCGAACGUAAUCACGAUUAUCAAUCCGUUUCAGAUUAAUCGAAUAUCGAUAGUCGCGAUAGCUUUUCGUGACCGAUUAGGAAAGAAACCGUAAAAUGACCGCCCAAUGUUUCAACCCGUCUUUCCAUUGAAAUCCACAUUCGCCUUCUUUGUUUUACAUUUGUACUUAUAUCGAGAAAACGCUACUAUAGUCACUUUUACUGAGAUCGACAAGCCCGAGACUUCUGUCGAACGUUUCAACCGCACAACGAAUCGCACGGACCUCCAGAGGUACCAAUUCCUGCGAACGGGCUGAAUAUGUGUGCAGGACGUCUACGACUCCUACUGGACAUGAUUCGUACCACGAAAACGACGUUAACCUUUCAGGACCUGUUCGAAACGCAGUCUGUUUUUGGAACGAGUCGAAAAGUCUGUGCAAGUCCGCUGUAAAUGCAACAGAGGCUAGUCAGAGUUCACCAAAUAAUUGUAGAAACGAGAACGUUAAGAUUACUACAGUUCCAAAGUAUAAUACUCAAUAACUAUAUUAGAUAAAGAGCCCCUGUUACGUCGUUAAUAGAUCCCGGGAAUGUUGUUCGGAUUCGAAUACCUGCGCGUUAUCGAUAUUGAAUGCGCGUACUCAAUAUUAAUAUACAAUAUGUACGGUGUUAAUAUUGAAUAUGUGUUCAAUACUAAAAUUGAAUGCCAUUAUUGGGUAUUAAUAUUGUAUAUAAAUAAUGUAAAUAAUAUAAAUAAACAAGUAGGUACUCGGGUUUCGAGUUUCGUUUUUAAUGUAUAUAUACUUGGAAUUUUUCAAGGGAUAAUCGGUCGAGGUUAGAUCGACACGACUAAAAGUAUAGGUCGAUCAAAAAUUAGAGAACGACCGUCGGUAUACUAUCUAAAGUGCAAUACGUGUAGCCGUGUACAUAACUGCUAUAUUUAUUUUACGCGCUGAUUUUCCGAUUGAUUUAUUGUUACGACAUACGCAUGUAUGUAUAUUAUAUGGCGACGAGAGCUUCCCGUCCUUCUCUCAUACCCCCCACGAUCACGCGAAUUAAUAAUUUAUUCGAUCACCUCUUUCCAACGAUAGCAGCAACGGUAAAUAGUCGUCCGCCAUAACGAUAGAUAUUAGUUACCUAAUUAGCGUAAGUAACCAAAGCGAUCAGCGCGCGUUCCUUUUCAUACAUGUGUAUAAUAAAAAAAGGAAUAAAGAACGAUGACGCGCGUAAUAGCGAUAAGAGUAUAACGUGUAAUGUAUAUGUAUAAACAGUGAAGAGAUAAAUAAAUGAUAUAAGUUUUUUCCCUUUGAGCGAACGAAUAUUUUGUAUGAAAGCGUCGUACGAAUUACGGUUAAACAUUAAUUCCGACUACCCGCACGUUAAUUAUCUAUAAAUAUGUAUACAUAUCCUAUCGAUAGUGGUUGUAAAUGUAUAUCUAUUUAACAUAGCGAAUCAGAUUACCAACACGUAUGUUUUUCAAUUCGCCCUGAUUCACUCAGUAAACGUGUAGGUAUAAUUGCGUUCCUAUUUGGGCGAAUAACUGUACGAUAAUUGAACGACUAACUGAUCGCUAAUUAAUCGAUUGUAAACAAUAAUAAGUUGUACGAUAAUUGAGACGAUAAUUGAUUAAAGGACUCCGUUUGUAAUCUAGUCACGAAUAAACAAUUGA